CCGCGGCGGACGCCGGCCGCAUCCAAAACAUUCUAUUAUUUUGUAUUACGUGUUUCAUUUCGCGUAGAGUUUUGGACGGCGCUAGUUUUGCGGCGCGAAAUGUGCACUAAAUUGUGACUUUGGACAUUAAAAAUUAAAAUGGAGUACCGCGAACGGUUUUCGUCAAUCAAAAACAAUAUUUGUCGGCAAAAUUUUUGGUAAACACCGCAACUAAACGCAGUUCAAACUAGAUUUUAUUUUCCAUUUCUUUUCUCACAAACCCAAACAGUUAACAAAGUUUUUGUUUGCGUAUGUUAUGUUUUUUUAAUGAACCGGUAACAAACUGUAGAGCGACAGACUAGAGGGAAUAGAAGUUGGGGAGCAGAGAAAAGAAGAGAAGAUGGCGCUUGCUUCUUCCGUGAGCCUGUACUACUCGAUAGUGCAGCGGGCAGCUAGGCACUACCUAGAGGAUUACUGUCAUACAGAUACGACAGCGCCAUACGUGCUAUACAAAGAUGGCGUUGAACGCGCUCCACCUGGCACCCAAUGGGGCGGAGGCGUCCUCGACGGGGGCUAUCAGCCAAUGCAGCACCAGAGUCCUGGCGGGCCCUCGCCGCAACCCGAGCCACAACUCGCUUCGCCAGCGCCAUCCUCACCGUAUCCCUCUGCACCACCCCCUCCAGAUCCAACAGGAGCCGCUGAAGACGCAGCACAACAACUCGCACAACAACAAGCUCAACAGCAAGCGCAGCAACAACAGCAGCAACAACAACAGACAUCACCAGAACAUAUGCAAGUCGAACAGCAGCUACAGAGCCAGCCGCAACCGCAACCGCCUUCCCAAGACCACCUGGAUAGGACGCCAUGCUUUGUACCACAACCGGAUUUACAACAGCAAUACGCUACACCUUAUUUUAAAGAGACUAGACCCACUAGUCACAUGCUCGGAACAGGCGGUUUCCCUCUACAUUACUUAAAACAGAAUGGCGUUCUAUCUCUGGAAGGACCAAUUGAUCAAUAUGGGGCACCUGAACUCCGUCACUUACCAGACAUUGUCCAACCUGAACCUCCGAAGCCACGAAAGCAUAAUCCGAACUCGGAGUUGCGGCUUUUCAAAUGCUUGACAUGCGGUAAAGACUUUAAACAGAAGUCGACAUUACUGCAGCAUGAGCGGAUCCACACGGACUCGAGACCUUACGGGUGUCCAGAAUGCGGCAAGCGGUUUCGCCAGCAGUCACAUCUGACCCAACACCUCCGCAUCCACGCGAACGAGAAGCCAUACGCGUGCGUCUACUGCCCGCGUUCGUUCCGGCAGCGAGCCAUCCUGAACCAGCACCUUCGCAUCCAUUCCGGUGAGAAGCCAUAUACGUGCGGCGAGUGCGGCAAACAUUUCCGCCAGAAGGCCAUCCUGAACCAGCACGUCCGCACACACCAAGACGUUUCGCCGCAUCUGAUUUUCAAGAACGGGACGACGCCUACCCUUUGGCCCCAGGAUGUGCCAUUUCCGGCUGAUGAAAACAAAGAGGAGGUGCAAUCGACAUACGGUGAUGCUGAUGGACAAAACGGAGACCCACGCGGAUCAUGUUUCUCACCCGGCGAUACGGCCCAAUAUCCUGCUUACUUCAAAGACACUAAAGGUCUCAAUCAUACAGUCUUCGGCUCUGGACUUUCUUUACAAUACUUAAAAGGUGGGAAACUACCUGAUGUUCUCGGUGGUCGUGCGAUGCCCCUAUAUGUCCGUUGUCCUAUUUGCCAGAAAGAAUUCAAACAAAAGUCAACGCUUCUUCAACAUGGUUGUAUUCAUAUAGAAUCCCGGCCUUAUCCUUGUCCAGAGUGUGGCAAACGUUUUCGACAACAAUCACAUCUAACGCAACAUCUUCGCAUUCACACAAACGAAAAACCAUACGGUUGCGUGUACUGUCCCAGAUUUUUCCGUCAACGGACUAUUCUCAAUCAGCAUCUACGUAUUCAUACAGGUGAAAAACCAUACAAAUGCACACAAUGCGGGAAAGAUUUCAGGCAGAAGGCGAUACUGGAUCAGCACACACGAACGCACCAAGGUGACCGGCCUUUCUGUUGUCCGAUGUCGAAUUGCCGGCGGCGGUUCGCAACCGAACCUGAGGUUAAGAAGCACAUCGACAACCAUAUGAAUCCGCAUGCGGCUAAAGCAAGACGUGCCGAUGCCGCGAAGACGCCACGGCCGCUGCCUCCGGCGGCGGCGGUGGUGAAGCCCGAGCUGUACUUCCCGCAGUGCUACGCACCGUUCCAGCAGUUCCCGGCGACGAGCGGCGCGCCCGAGUUCAAGCCGGCCGUGGGGCCCGGCGCGCCGGUGGCCUGCCUGCCGGCCCAGUGACCCGCGCCUCCGCCUCGAUGGCACCCCGCGCCCACACACGCGCCCCCACACCACGACCUUUACGUCGCCGACCGACUGUACAAUUAAACUUUUUGGUGCGCCUCGUCUUCACCGUUAUGAUGAUAGAGCAAGUAAAUGGUGCCCCGAAGUAGAAGUACAGUCCGGCCUUAAAACAGUAUACGACUCGCGUUGCGAGCUUUGUAAUGAAAAUUAUUAUUCGGAUCGCUGUAAAACAAGCUUCGAUCUGUAAAUAAUGACAUUGUUUAUAUUCUACCGAAAGUCUGUCGCGAAUGUACAGUAUAAAAGUUCAUCAUGAAUAGUGUUACCGUUGAGGAGCGAAUUCAGAUAGCAUUUUUUGCCCCGUAAUAUUAAGUUACCACGUAAGAGUUAGGUUUCGCGGUGAUUCUUCUUGAAACGAUCGAAAUCAUUGAAAUGUAAGCAGAUCGAACCAGAGAUUAGAAUUUAAAGCUCUACGUUGAAAACUAAAAGUAAGAAUUGAUCUUUUACCAUAAUUGCAAUAUUUCGCGAUGAAUGUUUCCGGUACAGUGCUGUGCCUAUUGUAAUAAAUAUACAUAUUUUGUAGAUAUAUUAAGUUAAUUUUAUUUACGAGUAUUAAGGGAUAUAAUCUGGCAAACGGGGGGAGAUUAGAUGAAUUCAUGAUGCUCAAAAUAUCUUUAAAGUAAUAUGGUAAUGUAAGAAUUUACGCGGUAACUUUAGGUCCAAAUUUAGAAAAAAUUCGGAGAGUAAUACAUCAGAGAACAGAAGCAUGAAAGCAAACCAAAAACGUAGGUUACCUUUUGCCAUCUAAAUACAUAUUUUUUUUUAGUACUUACACAAUGUUCCGUUAAUGCAUUUACGUGAAUAUUAAUAAACGAGAUUACCGAGAUGUCUCUGUCAUCACUAUAGGUGCCAAAUAGUGUAGUGUUUUUUGAAUUUUUCUACCAUUUUCUAUUAUAGUUGGCCUAGUUUAGGUUGUUACCAGUUUUAUCAACGAUUACGUGACAAUUUGAGAUGCAUUUAAGAGGAAAGGGUCAGACUGAGAAAGGACUGUGAUAGCUAGGUAGGUUAGGUGUCUAUUUCGCUCACUUAGCGUUAAACUUGGUAUGUUGUGACGAAAUGUGAUUGAAAGUCCCUAUUGGAGGAGUGAUUGCAUAAGAGUUGUUCGAAUUUUCAUUUUUUUAAUUGAAUUUGCUUUUGUAAUUAUACGUAACUCGAAAUUGCCAAACGUCUUUGUAAAAUUGAGUUUUAUGUUCCUAAUAUAUCGAAAUUUCGCAUUUAAAUAGGUCCGAUUCUUUUGUGUCGGUUCAUUGCUUUUCUUUAUUGACUGAUUCGAUAACGUAAUGUUCGAAGAGUGAGAUUAGAAUAUUACAUUGAUGUAAUGUAACGCGUGUGAUGUCGCAAAGUGCUUUGUCGUAGUUUGAUCCAGGAAAGGAAGAAUAUGCCAGAAUAAUAUUAUUUCUAAAUAAUUAUUAUAGAUUAGAUUAUCGACUCUCGAAUUACAAAGCAAUUCGAUCAUUCAUCGCGAAAUACACUUAGAAGUUAGGAAGAUUAAAGAUAUUAUAUGAAUUUGUGGCGUUGUUGAAAUACCCUGGUGAUGAAGAGUGCGUCCUGCAUUAUUUCACGUCCACAGAAUAUAUUAUACAGUGCAUAAUGUAGACAUAGGAACUAUACGGAAUUAUUUUAAACACGCCCAAACAUAUUGUAGUUUAAGCGUAAAGAGGGACAGAUAUAUCAAAUAUAUCGUUUCUGAUAAUGUUUCAUUUAAAUAACGCAAUACAAUGGAGUCGAUGAGACUAUAAACUGUAACAGCGUCAGGGUAUUUCAUCAGGCUUUUUAACGUUUUUAUCAUCUCUGUUUGUAUCUAUAGACGACAUAUAUAGCUUAUUUUACGAUAUUGUGAUGGUUUCGUUUUCCUACAGCACAAUAAGAACUGUUAUGUAUCAAAACUGAUACGUAGAUGUAAUAAUAAUAUUUGAAUUUGUGGGAGUCACACGACACGUUGAUACCAAUAAUUUAUCACUUCUAGAAGUGAAUAAUGCAAUAUUAAGUUUAGUGGAUUUUGUGUGUUAUUUUUAUGACGAAUUAUGCAUUGGACAGUUAUGAAAAUUACAAGCGAGCCAGUUUUGUUUGGCAACUAAUUUGCUGCACAACGGAGUACAUACAUCUGCUGUAAGCAGAGAGAAAAGUUUAAAGAAAAUGGCACUUAUAGUUUUGAUAUUUAAUGCGAUUUUCUUAAAACUAGUUUUCUCGACUUACUGCGUAUAUAUGUAAUUGUGCGGCAGUAUCAAAACUGGCCGCAUCCCGCAGCGUCUUCUCAGGAUGCAGUUUUGUUUACUGGUUGAUUUUCCUAUCAAACUUUUGGAGGUUUACAAACUAAAAACACCAUUAUCGAAGAGUAUUAGAGUAUUAUCUUCCGUGACUGAAGUUUUCCACAAUGUUCACAACGUGUGAUCCUCCGAGGUGCGCGCGACGCCCCCGCCCCCGCUACAAGCAGUAAUGAUAAGUUUCCGUUUCUACUCAUUGAGGUAUUAUAUACAAAUGUACUAAAGUAGACGCCGCACAAAUGCAGCGAUAGAGCCGCACUUUACAGGGCCACUUUUACAGUCGCUAGCAUCGUCAUGUAGGUAGAUAACUAUUUGUUUACAAAAAUAAGUUAUCUGCUUAAAAUAGUCCCUGGCUUGUGUUAUAAUAUAGUAGUAAGUAGUAAAAGAUAUAUAAAUGUUACAUUCGUUUUAUAAUUCUCUUGGAUUACUUCCGCACACGAAUGAAGCUAGACUAGCUUCCAAUGUCCACUGUAGUACCUACAUAAUACCUCAAUGUCCUUCUAUAGUUUAUAUACACCACAUACAGACAGCCUUAAACAAUAUUAGCUAAUAAGUAUUUUUAUACAGUUCAUGAGAUAUAAAUAUAUUAUUCAAUAUAUAGGGGCGGGAGCGUCGCGGCGCGCUCUAGUACAAAGUUUGAAUACAAACAACACAGUGCCAUAGCCGUGAAAUAACCUCAGAUUUAUACUUAUUAGAUUUUUAUACCGAUACAAAUGGAUUUAAUUUUUAAAUAUAAACAAAGGUGAUUAAGUAUACAGAGAUUACAGAUGAUAUUUUAUACAUUUAUUACAUACAAUUAUUAUUAUAAAAGUCAUAACGUUAGUGUCCUAUAGGUACCUAUUGCAGUUGCAACAUGUUACGUACCUAAGUAUGUGAAAAACUGAUUUUUGUAUAAUUUUAAGUUGUGCAAAAUUGAUAUAUUUUCAUCAAUUCUGCAUAACUUACAUCACAGAUAUAUGUAGCUUGUCGAAUCGACGUCUAAUGCAGAUGUAAAUGGUAAAUUUAAUUUAUCGAUCAGGUGACAUUAUAUUAAAAAAAAUCUGCUUCUUGCUUAAUGAAUAUCGAAAGGUAUUCAUAAAAAUUCGCACAAUGGUUAUUUUUCAGCGUGGUUAUUGUAAAUACAUAUCAUUGGAAAGUUUUCAGGCAGUGUUGCAAUUAAUUGUUUCGUUACAGUAGAAAGAAAAACGUGCGAGAAAAUAUACUUCUAAGGCGAUGUAAUAAAUUACUAUACCAUUUCCAGAACUUUCUAAAAACAGUUGUAAGAAUUCCUUCCCACGCUGUUAUGUUCAAAUUGCUCAUUUUGUUAAGUUUUGCUCAAAUAUUUGUGUAUGUAAGUACCUAUUACGUUCAUUAUAGUAACAUUAUUAGCAUACUUUACGUACGAGAAGUUAUUGUAUAAUACUUAUUUGAGAGCACGGUUUUGCUUUUCUUAUGAAACUAUUUGUUAAGUAAUCCAAUCUUGUUCUACCGAUUAAGUACGAUAUUGGACAUGUUGCGGUCGACGCGGAUUGAGACGAGCAUUCAUCACUAAAUUCAUCACAGUGAGCCGUCCAAUUCGAAUGUUCAUCAAUGUAUUCAUCAUCGAUUGUAGUUUUCAGUUUUUGACAAGAAUUUUCUCUACUACAUUAAGUUUUACGUGUUCCUAGCGUUUAAAAUACGUAAUCUAUAAUCUAGAGGUUCUUUUACCUUACAUUUUUGAUAAACUCAUAUUGUCUAUCUAUUUAAGUAUAUUUUCUGUUUCAUACUGAA